GCUAGGACUCGGAAAGCCACUCUGUCAUUCAAGGUCAGUCUUUAAGCCCUCUCCAACCCAGUGCACUGUAGUGACUCGGCUCCAGGAUAACAAAGAAAGGAAACCAAAGUGGCAGAACGUAGGAUUGUAAAUGUUCUGUAAUCCAUGAUGUCUAUAAAGAACUGGAACAUUACAAAGAUGUCACCUUCACCGAGACUUAUUCCUCAGUGGAAGGACUUGAAAUUCCUCAUAAAUAAUACCCUGAAGGAUAUAAAGGCUGAUGAAAAACCAAAGAAUGAUGUGAUUGUAUUGAGUGACUGGCCUAAGACUCUAUACCAGGAGCCUCACCAUCCCCAGAGCAAGCCUUUCAUCUGUUUCUAUGCCAUCGAUGUCAACUAUUUUGUGUCCUUAAACUGGGUGGAACCACAUUCAAAACAAAUACAGGCAGUACUUUGGGUACAGAAGAAAGAUACAGAAAUAGGAGGAAUGAUAGAGAAGAUAAAGUUUCCUGUGAUGGAUCAAGUGCCACCCAUUGAAGCAAUGGUCCACACAGGUUCCUACCACAUGUUAAUUGCUUACUGUGGUGACAUGCGCCUGCGGCUCUUCGGAGAUCACCAUCAAGCAUUCAUAUCUCUGGGCACAGUGCCCUGUUGUUUCUCCAUCAGCUGCCUCUGCUAUGACUCAGAAGCUGAGAUACUGCUCUCUGGUACCUUGGGGGCUGUGGUUACCUGGCUUAUCUUACCAAACGGCAGGGGCCUCCAGAUGGCACAAACAGUGCUCAUGUCUGAUCAUGAGUUUGUACAGGGCUUUUCUCUGAACGGCCCCCAGGGCUCCCUCCUGGCUCUCUGUGAGAAUAAGGUGAGGGUCUUCACCCACCAGGGUCAGGGCCAGCUGAAAGAGGUAAAAAAGUUCACUCCCACAGCCAAUGGCUCUUCUAUCACCUGCUCCUUCACUUGUGUCUCUCAGGGCUAUUUCUAUGCUGGAAACGAGGAUGGAGAGAUCCAUGCUUGGGGUCUAGACCAGGGUAACUUCCUCCACAGCUUCCAAGCCCAUUCCUUAUCAGUGAUAUGUGUUUACAGCCGGCCAGAGACCUACACCUUACUAACAGCAGGCCGAGAAGGCGUUAUAAGGGAAUGGAAUCUUGCCUUUGGGAACUUACUGCGGCAGCUGGAUAUUGAUGAGGAUUUGCAGCAACUGCAGUUUAUUGAUACCACCACUUUUUUCUGCCAGACUACCCACACUUUCUCAUUGCACCACCUACCAUAUUUUUAUAGCCUCUUCAAUGUCUGUGGUUCUGCUCCUGAGCAGGUGCAGCGGGUCUGCUGUGGCCGUAAUUGGACUCGAAUCCUGUGUGCUACUAAGGAUGGUUUAUUGCGCUUCUUGUCUCCAGUAACAGGAGAUCUCCUGGUUAUCACCUGGCCUCUACUUGUCAUGGAUAAGGCCGUGGCUUGGGCCUAUGACUCAGACAAAGAAGAGCUCUUUGUGGCAACAGGCAGUUCAGAGGUGCUGGUGUUUGAUGCAACGCGCUCUCCUUGCACGGCCAAGUAUCUGGUAUGCACUUCAGUAAACUCUAGGGAUAGAGUAAGGUGCCUGGCCUAUGGGCAGUCCCAUUUGGGCAUGGGCCUAAUAGGAUUGAUGUUCUGUGGGCAUGACAGUGGCGUUGUGAGAGUCCUCUCCCACUACAGCUGUGCUCGAAUAGAAAAGACUGUUCACUCUGGGGCAGUUUUGGCACUGUCUACCCUAGAAGGUCCUCAGGAAAUCUCCUUACUCUGUUCCUAUGGCAUGGAUAAUACUAUACACCUGACAGAAGCUGUGCUUCAGAAAAACAAGGUAAUCCUGCAGCCCGUAAGCAAAAUUCUCUGUGCUUGCCCCCUAACACACGUGAUCCUCUUGCCAGGUUCUGUGGGUGCCAUCACUGAGAACCACUGCUGGCAUCUCUGGCACUACCAAGAUUUUCUGAAAUCUUCAGAAUCAAAACAAAGGUCUGUUAGAGACAAAGAGACAAAAUGCCUGCACCAGUGUCACAUCACUUCAUUUGAUGUCUGCUCUUCCCUGAAACUUUUUGUCACAGGGGGCACUGAUGGCUCAGUCCGGAUCUGGGAUUUCCAUGGUAGACUCAUAACUGAGUUGGACUCAGCAUUGCAUUUUGGCCCACUCUGCUUUGCCAAUAAUCGGGGUGACCUGCUUUUGACUUUCAACCAGAGUCUUUACCUGGUAUCCUGCUUAAAAUUGCUCCCUCCUGCUCAGCUGAUUCACCUAGCCAUCCUAAGCAGUGCAGAUGAUAUACAAGAAGUCCCUAAACCCUUCCUGCCUAGCUUCUUCUUUUCUUUUGAAAGAGUAUUUGUACCCAAAUUUGUCUACCUUGGACAAGGGCUGCAGGAAUUACAGGGACUAGAGGCCCUUGUUAACAAACGGGUCAUUGCCUUUGACAAUACUGUGCCCCAUGUUGUAGAGGAAGAGAGUCAUAUGUCCACUCUGAUUCAAGAGGAACCCAAAUCACACUUUUGGGAGGAUAAGGAUAUUGCUUUUGACCCCAAGCAUAAUCGUCCCCAACACUUGGCUCCUGCUCAGUUACAUCUUGCUGGCUGGGAUGGAUUGAACCCCUACCAUAUAUUAUGUUGCUUCUUUGGUAAAGGGCGGCAAUGGCCCUUUGCUCCUGAUGGCUACAUCCCCAACUCAGUUAUCCGUGCCCGCCUUUGGCCUGAUGGUACCCCAAUCUUCUUACGCUAUGAUCUGUACCAAGAUAAAGACUGGGACAUGACCAAACUCGUCAGAUGCCAGACACUGUCACCUAUGCCUCUACUAGAAGAGAACAUCUCAAUGAGAAGAGAGAGGGAUAAAUCCAAGAAGUGGAAACGAACUUUCUAUGAUGUUCUAGUAAGCAUAAUGAACCGAAAUUGGACAGGAAGAAAAUUUGAUGAAGGAAUUAUAAAUAAUUUAAUCGAGGCCAUCCUCAACCUCACAAUUUACUGCUCUAUAGACCAAUACAAGACAUACAUUAGUGUCCUGGCACAAAUUUUUGCCACUUAUCAAGUAUCUCCAAGAUUGUGCUCUGAGGCUGCCUGUCGCCUGAUGGAAGAUACAGUUCAUCCCAAUGCACACAUCCGUGAGCUAGCCUGGGAGGGGUUGGAGAGGCUAGGUGUCCUGAGCCAUCUCUUUGCUGUUCCACUGGCUAUGGGAUUGAUGGACAGUGAUGAAAAUGUGAGGGCUAAGGCCUUAUACCUUAUGAUAACAGUCACAGGCAUCCAAACUAAGACUAUGCUGGCAGGCCUGCUGAAGAAACGAGACACGUUCCAAGAAAUGCAGCGGGAAUUUAUUGGAGAAACCUCUCUGGACCAGCUGCUGGGGAUCCAAGCUAAAGAUAUCCAGUGCCUGCUUACUCAGGUGGAGCAGCAGCUAAAUGAAAACCUGACUUUGUCAUAUAGAGACCAACAACCUACUUUUUAUUUAGACAUAUCAAUGGCUGGUAAACCUGAGACCCUUGUCAAACAAAUGGUCAUACCUGAAGAGAUCACCAAACCAAAGAAAAGAAAGACAUAUGUUCAAGCAAAAAGAAGAGAGCUUAUUAAAAAGGCCCUGACAGUUUCCAGAAAGCCAAGACAGACAGAGUUUGUAAAAUUUAGCUCUAUGUUGGUGCCUUCAAAGGAUGAAGAUGAACAAAGAGAGGCCAGGCAAUCAGAGCAGAUUGACACCAGGGAUGUUACCUUAGAGCCUAAACUGCAAUUAAGUACUUUCAGCCCAGCCAAAUCUCAAGAGGAUGCUGAAUCAGAGGAGGUUGUGAUGGAAGCCACAGAAGGAAGAGGCCACAUGGAGGUGACAGAGGUUAUGAAGGCCAUAGAUCAACAUGGCAUGAAAGAUUAUGGAGAGGUGUUCCCUGAGGUGGAAAUACAUGAAGUAGAAGGAGGAGGCCACAUGGAGGUGACAGAGGUUAUGAAGGCCAUAGAUCAACGUGGCAUGAAAGAUUAUGGAGAGGUGUUCCCUCAGGUGGAAAGACAAGAACUCAUGAGUAGGCGUUGGAAAAGGGCACUGGAAAAAAGCCGUGAAAAAGUAGCUGCAAAGUUGAAACAGGAAAAAGACUUGAAGGAUAUUUCAAAGACAACUGCAGAAGAGCCCAAGAAAAAAGUCAUGCAGAUUACUGAGCAAGAAAAAUAUACAAGGAAGAAACAUGGGAAGAGUGACCGAGGUUUGGCUGGUAUGCCUGGACGCGUGGGUAGAUCAGAUACCAGGUCUUGGCGGGAUGACAUUUGCUAUCUUGUUACCUCGCGGAUAGCAAAUUCGCAUCCAGGAACGUUAAGAGAUCUGGGUCAAGAAUUGGUGGACUUGGCUCAGGUGGUGCUUGGUCCCCAAGAGCCCAGCUGGGAACUCUUCCAAGAGAUCUGCCCCCUUCUAAAGGACUCAUCAGAAUUGGAUGAACAAGUGGUAGAAGAACCAUCCAUUAUAAUUGAAAAAGCGGAUAUAGAGGUUGUUGAGGAAGAAGGGACAGAAUUGAGAGGACAAAGGGACAAAAAAGCAUUAAAGAAGGACAAGAAACAAGCUAAGAAAGAGGAGAAAUGGGUUGGGAAAGAUAAGAAAUCCACUGACGAAAAUGAAGAGCUCCACGAAAAAGAGCAACUAGCCCUAGAAGAGCAGAAACAGGCCCAGGAAGAGAGAAAAUGGAGUCGGAAAGAGGAGAAAGAGAGCUUUCAAAGAAAACAAUGGGCCUGGGAAAAAGAGAAGUUGUCUGUAGAAGAGGAGGAACACGCUGAUGAAAUGCAGAAAACGUCUCAAGAGAAACAGGAAAAAGCACUGACGAAAAGACUGACCCAGAAAGACAGUAAACUGGCCAAGGAAGACAGGCGUAUUGAUAAGAAAGACAAGAAGAUAGAGAAAAGAGAGGAGGAGGAAAAGAAGGAAAGGCAGAAGGACAAGGAGAGCAGACUUAUGGAGGUGAUACGCUCAGAAGAGAGAGCACUGAAAACCGAGCUCUCCAAGAAAGAAGUGAGCUUAUCGAAGCCAGCAAUAGAAAAUGAGGCUCUUGCUGAGAAAAGGGAAGGUACAAUUAGAAGGGAAGUUCCUUUUAAGAAAGAAAGAUUGCUUGAUGGAAAGAGAGAUCCCACACUUAUGGAUAAGGUCAUGUGGCCAACAGUUCUGAAGAGCCCUUUCAAAAUACCACUCCCAGUAGCCUUGGAAAAAGAGAGAACGCCCCUAGAAGUGUUGAGAGUUCAUCUGGAUUUGGAAGGACAGGAAAGUCAACUUCUUGGAGCACACCCUAUGACAAGUUCUUGGGGGAGACAAGAGGAUGUGCUCUUGGAGAAAGCCAGGGGUUUGAGAAUAGGCUUAGAGACCCAGAUCCCAGAAGGCCUCCACAGGCCAGAGUCCCACUUAUCAGAUAUUAUCAUGAAAUCACAGAAACCUGAACGUUGGCCCAAAGGUGACAGGUGGAAGUGGUUCUUUAAGUACCAGGAUUCCCCAGUGAGGAAAACUGAAGGCCAGGCUCCAGGGCCAGCCCCAGCCCCAGCCCUAUCCCUUACUUCUAUACCAGCUGAAAGGCCAUGCUACUCAGAAGCAAGCUUCUCAGAUGAGGACUGGGUUAACAAUGCCUUAAUAAGACUGGAAGCAGGAGAGCAGCUUUCCAGGGACAGUUUCCAUAGACUGUACCAGCUCCUCAGAGACUUCACUUCAAAGGGAUACAUGAAAUGGAUGCAUUUGUGCAAUCUUAAAGCCAUUGCUAAACACCUAAGGCAGAACCUCGAGGUAAGUCACACAGACAUAUCACAACAACAUAAGAAUGCUUUGAGUCCAGUGCACUUAAAAGUGAUCCCUCCAAUUAGAAGAAAAGAAAAAGAGAGCCGGCUAGAGCCACUGUCCAUACCUUCACCAGUGUUACCAUCAAUCACCAAGAGGAUUCGAGUCCCAAAGGCUAUAAAUUGGCAUCUUUUAGGAGAAACUUACAGGAGUGCACGGGUACAGCAACUAUCCAAUGCUCUCAAAGAGAUGGAAAUGAAACAUUUCUAUCCUGCUGCAAGAGAGAUUUUCACAGGUGCCCAUGCCUCGGUGGACAAACAAACUCUAGCACUGAUGUUUCAGAAGGAUCUCAGGGCUUUUAAGGGAAAAGACAGGCCCCUCACAUUGCCCAAGUUGAAGAAGGCACAGCCCAUCUCUAAAAAAAAGGAAGAGGUGCCUCAAUGGGAGACAUUUGUGGCACUGUACCAUGUUUUGCAGAUGAUGCAGCAACAAUAUGCAAAAGACAGCACUGCUUGGAUGGAACAGUUUUACCAACUCAUGGAUCUGUACAAAUUUAAGUCCCCCCAAAUCCAGAGGCUUCUACUAAAGUUGCUGCAGAGAGAGGAACUCCAACCCCAAGAGAUCAUGUACAAAAAGGCCCUGAAAACUCAGGAGCUGGUACCUGGUGAACGGCUGUUCUGUGGCUUGUUUUGGGGUCAUUCCCAUGUCCCUGCAAGUCCUCUCAAGUUCCAUAAUAUUGUACCCCUGCCUGGGAAGAGCAGGGUGCAUACUAUCCAACCUGUGGGCAUCGCCCAGUAUGGAUUCCUAGAACUUGCCUGGAAAAACCUACCACAAGUCAAUCCUUACUUUAUUGAGAAGCCGCCCAACAUCCCUACUCCUACUCUAUGAUUUGGCCUAACAUUAGGACUUUGGGGUCUUGGUGGGAAAUAAGCCUGGCAAUGGAUUUUAAGCCUCCUUCCCUUUUCCCCACUUCAAGGUGGGGCUAGACAAGGACUUGUACUCAUUCAGUUCCAGAAACCUGCUACC